AUGCGUCGUGCUCUGUCAUCGGUUUCCCGAGUGGCCUCGACCUCGUCGGCGCCCCUCCUCGGCUCUGCGGCUCUCAGGUCGCGAGCCGUCGCUGCCUUGGCCACUGCCGUCGAGCCCAAGAAGAUUUCCGUCAGGGAGGCCCUGCGUGAGGCUAUCGAUGAGGAGAUGGAGCGGGAUUCCCGCGUGGUGAUGCUCGGCGAGGAAGUCGCUCAGGAGCGAGUGGUCGAUACGCCCAUCACCGAGGCCGGUUUCGCUGGCAUCGGCGUUGGCGCGGCCAUGUCGGGUCUGGUGCCCAUCGUUGAGUUCAUGACCAUGAACUUCUCCUUGCAAGCCAUCGAUCACAUCGUCAACUCGGCGGCCAAGCUGCGCUACAUGUCUGGCGGUAUGUACAACGUGCCCAUCGUCUUCCGUGGCCCCAACGGUCCCCCCCGCGCCGUCGGUGCCCAGCACUCGCAGUGCUUCGGCGCCUGGUACUCGUCCGUGCCCGGCCUCAAGGUCGUCGCCCCCUGGAACUGUAACGACGCCAAGGGUCUCCUCAAGGUGCUCCACCUCUGCUCCGCCUAUGUGGUGCUCGCCGCCAUCCGUGACCCCAACCCCGUUGUGUUCCUCGAGAGCGAGAUUGGCUACAAUGAGACCUACGAGCUGAGCCCCGAGGCGCAGAGCAAGGACUACGUGCUCGACAUCGGCAAGGCCCACAUCGAGAAGGAGGGCAGCGACAUCACCGUGCUCACCUUCUCCCGCAUGGUCGGCGUCGCCCUCGAGGCCGCCCAGAAGGCCGCCGAGAAAGGCAUCAGCGUGGAGGUGGUGAACCUCCGGAGCUUGCGCCCGCUCGACCUCGACACCAUCGUCAACUCCAUCAAGAAGACCAACCGCUUCGUCACCGUCGAGGAGGGCUGGCCUCAGUGCGGCAUUGGCUCCGAGAUCAUCGCCCUUGCCAACGAACACUGCUUCGAUUUCCUGGACGCGCCCCCGGAGAGGAUCACCGGCGCCGACGUGCCCAUGCCCUACACCUGGCCGCUCGAGGACGAGGCCAUGGUGCAGACCCAGAACAUCGUGAACGCCAUCGAGCGCGUGUGCUACAGAAACACCACCAACCAGUAA